AGCCACGUCGUCCGAAGUCGCAAGUGUUUUCAUGUCGGUGCUGAAUUUUUAUUAAAUUUUGGUGUUUAACUGCUCGUGAACUUAGUACAAUCGCCGGAAAAUGCCUCUACGGUUGGACAUCAAAAGACGGCUCACGUCGCGGUCGGACCGUGUGAAAUCGGUGGACCUGCACCCGACGGAACCAUGGAUGCUGUGCGCGCUUUACAACGGCCAUGUGCACGUGAUGAACUACGAGAACCAGCAGCUGGUAAAGGACUUCGAGGUGUGCGAUCUGCCCGUUCGCUGCGCCCGCUUCGUGGCCCGAAAGAACUGGAUCCUGACGGGAUCCGACGACAUGCAGGUGCGCGUCUUUAACUACAACACCCUGGAGAAGGUGCACUCGUUCGAGGCUCACACCGAUUACGUCCGCUGCAUUGCGGUGCACCCAACACAACCACUUAUCUUAACCUGCAGUGACGAUAUGCUGGUGAAGCUGUGGAACUGGGAAAAGAUGUGGUCGGUACAGCGGGUGUUCGAGGGACACACGCACUACGUCAUGCAGGUCGUGUUCAACCCGAAGGACAACAACACAUUCGCCAGUGCGUCCCUCGACCGAACGGUCAAGGUGUGGCAGUUGGGCUCUAACGUCCCGAACUUCACGCUCGAGGGCCACGAGAAGGGCGUCAACUGUGUGGACUACUAUCACGGUGGCGACAAGCCGUACCUCAUUUCCGGUGCCGACGAUCGGCUGGUCAAGAUCUGGGACUACCAGAACAAAACGUGCGUCCAGACGCUCGAAGGACACGCACAGAACGUUUCGGCCGUCUACUUCCAUCCGGAGCUACCCAUCCUGCUAACCGGCUCGGAGGACGGUACCAUACGCAUCUGGCAUUCGGGCACCUAUCGCCUGGAAACGUCGCUAAACUAUGGUUUCGAGCGCGUCUGGACCAUCGCCUGCAUGCGUGGCACAAACAACGUGGCCCUUGGCUACGACGAAGGAUCCAUCAUUAUCAAGGUGGGCCGCGAAGAACCAGCCAUGUCGAUGGAUGUGAACGGUGGAAAAAUUGUAUGGGCUCGCCACUCCGAGAUGCAGCAGGUCAACCUAAAAGCGCUCCCUGAAGGCACGGACAUCAAAGACGGGGAGCGCUUGCCGGUGGCCGUAAAAGACAUGGGUGCGUGUGAAAUUUACCCACAGACAAUCGCCCACAACCCGAACGGAAGAUUCGUGGUGGUGUGUGGCGAUGGAGAGUACAUCAUCUACACAUCGAUGGCCCUACGCAACAAGGCGUUUGGGUCCGCCCAGGAGUUUGUGUGGGCCUCAGAAAACAGCGAGUAUGCAGUCCGGGAAUCGAGCGGCACAGUGAAACUGUUCCGCAACUUUAAGGAGCGCAAAAGCUUCACCCCGGACUAUGGUGCCGAAGGUAUCUUCGGUGGACAGUUGCUUGGUGUGAAAACUUCUUCCGGCUUAACGUUCUACGAUUGGGAGAACCUGGAACUGAUCAGACGCAUCGAAGUACAGCCCAGACACGUGUUCUGGAACGAAGCCGGCUCGCUGGUUUGCCUGGCCACCGAAGAUUCGUACUUCAUCCUGAAGGUCGACAUUGCCAUGAUACAGAACGCUUUGGCCACCAAACAACAGUUGAACGAGGACGGUAUCGAGGAAGCGUUUGACGUUUUGGGAGAAGUAAAUGAAUUGGUACGCACCGGCCUGUGGGUUGGCGAUUGCUUCAUCUACACGAACUCCGUGAACCGGAUCAACUAUUACGUCGGCGGUGAAAUUGUGACGGUUUCUCAUUUGGACCGGACAAUGUAUUUGCUGGGCUACGUGCCGAAAGAUAACAGGCUUUACCUUGGCGAUAAGGAACUGAACGUGACAAGCUUCGCACUGCUGCUGUCAGUGCUGGAAUACCAGACGGCCGUAAUGAGGCGCGACUUUGAAACGGCGGACCGGGUGUUGCCCACCAUCCCGAAAGAGCACAGAACCCGGGUGGCACACUUCCUCGAAAUGCAAGGUUUCCGUCAGCAGGCACUACAGGUUUCGAUCGAUCCCGAGCACCGGUUCGAGCUGGCCCUGAAGAUCGGCGAUCUCGAUACGGCACUAACGCUGGCGCGAGAAUCGGACAGCCCGCAAAAGUGGAGCCAGCUUGCCGGUAUCGCGACGAGCAAGAACAAGUUCGAGCUCGUGAAGGAAUGUCUAACGAAUGCGAACGACUACGGUGGUUUACUGCUGCUGGCUACAAGCACCGGCGAUUCGGAUAUGCUUCGAAAUCUCGGCGAAAACGGUGUCACACAGGGUAAAUUCAACAUCUCAUUCCUGUCCAUGUUUCUGCUGGGUGAUCUGGAGAAGUGUUUGGAAAUUCUCAUCCAAACCAAUCGGAUACCGGAGGCUGCAUUCUUUGCUAGAACGUACUUGCCAAGCAAAAUUUCACAUGUGCUCGAGAUUUGGCGCACGGAGUUGGCGAAAAUUAAUGAAAAGGCUGGUCAAAGCUUAGCCGAUCCACAGCAGUACGAAAAUCUAUUUCCCGGAUUUUACGAUUCGGUGAAAACACAACAGUUUUUGCUACCGGAAAGAAGCACGCUAUUGCCAGCGAACGUUGCUACCAAAGUACCACUGAACAUCGAUCGCACACCCGUUGCGGAGAUGAAAGAGGCCGAAAAUGAGGGUCGAUUCGACUAUAAUCCCAGCGCAAGUAAAUCCACAGUGUCAUUGACCAACGGCGAUUUCGCAAAGGCAACAACGACGGCUGCCAAUCAGUCAGAUCAGCCACCAUCCAACAGUAUCGCGAACAGCAAUGCCGGAAGCAGUUUCAAACAGAUUCCGCCGAACGUUCCACAAAUGUUACCGAAUCCCGCAGGAACGGCUACCAGUACUGGUACCGAUGCACCGUCGGCACCACAAGUGAAACGGAAAAGCUCGCUGGAUGAUUUCGAAUCGGAAAUCGAAGCACUGAAUUUGGAUGAUAAUAUCGAUACAUCGGAUGUAAACUUAGAUGACGUUGAGCUGAGUGAUGAUUGAAUGAUCGUACAGGACAUCCAUCCGUAUCAAUGUUGAGGCAACGUUAGGAGUUCCCCAAACGUUUGGUUGUUUAUCUUAUAAUUUUACCCCACAUGCAUGUUAACUCCGCCUCGGAGUGGAAAUGUGAAACACUGCACGCUCCAACACGCGUAAUAUACGGUGAAUGAGACGAUAGAUGAUGAUUGCGUCAUAAAAAGUGAUUCGUUGCAUAUUAUAAAGAGGAGCAUAAAUAUAUGUGCACCUUUCCCAGCUUCCACGUUUUGCGUUUACAUUGAGUUACUAAGCACGGGUGCAUCUUCAUCGAGCGAACCGGAAAGAAUUCCGCACUGAUCGAAAUCGCCGUGAAACCGUAAUGGAUGUUAAUCUGGGGUACCGUUGCCAGACACUUAUGUAAGGAAAAACACAUUCAGAAAAUCGAAACAUUCGAAAAUGUAUUUUAGUUAAUAGGAACUUGUAUCUAACCUAUAUGGAGUUGCUAUAUUAUUUUUUAACUGAAAUUAAUAUCACUUUUGCUUUUGAUGCUUUCCUCCUUCAGGUAUUUAUGGUUUCAUUUCUGCAUAAAUAAUCGAAAUCCACAAGAAAAUGUUCUUUUAAGAACAGCCCGAAACUUGGUUUCGUUUUGUAGAAACAGCAGAUGCCUCUCGAUUUUGUAUUGGCAAUAUUAAGGUAUUAAAGAGCGGUUUUUGCACAAAAUCUUUUCUUUUUUUCUAAUAGGUUUAAGUUGCCAGAUCGCAGGACUUUUUAAGCAUUCUCCCGCAAUUGACCCUCAUUGUAUCGAUAUUUCGAUAAAUAAGGAGCAUGAUGAAUAUA